AUGGUGAAGAUUGCAAUUUCUGGUGCCUCUGGCAAUGUUGCCCGGGAGCUCCUGGACGUUCUCAUCGCUACCCAGAAGCACGAGAUCAUUCUCUUAUCCACAAAGGAUGUCCCAGCAGACGCGAAUGUGGCGAGGACCACUUGGAUCAAAGUGAAUUACGAAAACGCAACUCAGUUAGCCCAGGCUCUGCAAGGCGUUCACACUUUGCUCUGCUUUAUUACUACGCAGUCAGACCCCGGAAAUGCUGCGCAGAAAAACCUCAUUGACGCCGCAGUUAAAGCUGGCGUGAAGCGAUACGCCCCGAGCGAAUGGGCCACGUCGAGCUUCGAUUACAUGCCUUGGUACAGCGGAAAAGCUGAAAUUCGCCAGUACCUUGAGCAAUUAAACAAAGACGGAAAGGUUCUCGAAUACUGCCUUUUCCAGGUUGGAAUUUUCGUGAAUUAUUUUGCGAGCCCGAAUAAAACAUCAAAACACAUCCAUACUCCUCAGACUCAAUUCGACUUUCACAAGCGUCGCGCUAUUCUACUCGAAGGCGCAGAUGACGCCCGCAUCAGUCUCAUCACUACCCAGGACUUCUGCGCCGUCGUGGCGAGUGCCGUCGAGUACGAAGGCGAGUGGCCUGUUGUCGGUGGCAUUCAAGGAGACGAGCUUACUGUCGCACAACUGAUUGCCAUAGGAGAAAGAAUUCGUGGACCUUUCGCUAUUGAAAAAGUCCAAGCCGAGGAUCUCAAGGCGGGAGUAGUCAGAUCCUCAUGGCUACCCAAUUUUGACCACCCUGCCAUCCCUGCUGACCAAGUUGAGAAGCUGGCGUCAGGUAUGGUGGCCGGCAUACUGCUGGGAAUUUCUGCCGGGGCUAUGAGCGUAUCUCAAGAAUGGAACAAGCUGCUACCGGACUAUAAGUUUACGCGGGCUGAAGAUUUCUUGAGCGAAAUUUGGAACGGCUUAAAUGUUUGA